AUGCGUCAGUGCCCUCCCGCCACCAGGUUCCCCUCCCCUGUUCCACUCUCCGCCUCUCCUUCCGCUCACCGUGAUCCGUUUCCCUCACUGCAGGUGCUCGCCCAGCUGGCGCAGGCCCCUCCGCCCGCGGCCGCCGCCGCCGCCGCUCCCGCCAGGACCUACUCCGCCGCCGCCAAGGAGAUAACUGUACGGGAAGCAUUGAAUACCGCAUUAGAUGAAGAAAUGUCAGCUGACCCUUCUGUUUUCUUGAUGGGAGAAGAGGUUGGUGAGUACCAAGGUGCAUACAAGAUAUCUAAGGGUUUGCUUGACAAGUAUGGCCCUGAUAGGGUUCUUGAUACUCCAAUUACUGAGGCUGGCUUCACUGGCAUUGGUGUUGGUGCCGCCUACCAUGGUCUUCGACCUAUUGUAGAGUUCAUGACAUUUAACUUUUCGAUGCAGGCAAUUGAUCACAUAAUUAAUUCAGCUGCCAAGUCGAACUACAUGUCAGCUGGCCAGAUAUCUGUACCUAUUGUCUUCAGGGGUCCAAAUGGUGCUGCUGCUGGAGUUGGUGCCCAACACUCGCAGUGCUAUGCAGCUUGGUAUGCACAUGUUCCCGGAUUGAAAGUUCUAGCUCCAUAUUCUGCAGAAGAUGCUCGAGGUUUGCUAAAAGCGGCAAUCAGGGAUCCAGAUCCUGUUGUGUUCCUUGAAAAUGAACUUCUUUAUGGUGAAUCGUUCCCUGUUUCUGCUGAGGUACUUGAUUCUAGCUUCUGCCUUCCGAUUGGAAAGGCUAAGAUAGAGCGUCAAGGGAAAGAUGUCACUAUCACUGCAUUCUCCAAGAUGGUUGGAUAUGCUCUUCAGGCCGCCGAUAUACUGGCCAAGGAAGGUAUCAGUGCCGAGGUAAUCAAUCUUCUCUCGAUUAGACCGCUGGAUAGAGCUGCUAUUAAUGCAUCUGUGAGGAAAACCAAUAGAUUGGUAACCGUAGAAGAAGGCUUCCCUCAACAUGGGAUUGGUGCUGAAAUAUGCAUGUCUGUUGUAGAGGACAGCUUUGAGUAUCUUGAUGCACCAGUUGAGAGGAUUGCUGGAGCUGAUGUGCCCAUGCCAUACGCUGCCAACCUUGAGAGGAUGGCUGUUCCACAGGUGGAUGACAUCGUCCGGGCAGCCAAGCGUGCUUGCUACAGAGCAGCAGUACCGAUGGCAGCAACAGCCUAA